CUGUGGGCGGCAGCAGCGCGCAGACUCCGCGGAAGGGACGUCAGCCGAAGAAGAAUCUCUGUUUACAGCAGUGUUUUUAAACUCUGUUCGCAUGAGCUAUCAGAGUGUGAUUUAAGACAUGAUUUCGCGUUUAAACCCUUUUUCUGAAACCCCGACAUGAGCGACGCGACGGAGAGUCGAGAGCAGCGAGCUCCUCUGUCUUCAGCCGCGAUGAAGAGAGCUGAAAUCAGUGACCAGCCGCGAGCGGUGGAGAAGAGAGGGCCGUAUCUCAUGUUCAAGGCUCCUGGUUUCCACACCACGCUCCAGAAGCACAGAGACACAGCCAGACGAGCUCUGCAGAAGAGAGGAUUGGGCUCAGGGAGGACACGACACAAACCACAGACUGUGAGCUUCAGUAAGGGCUACGCUGCUCUGAGUCAGACGGGAGAGGAUUCGCUCGUCUCGCUGGACUCUGACAGUGAUGCAGAGCUGGACUGUUCGUCUGGAUAUUCCUCAGCUGAGGUGCAUCCUGAGCUGAGCAGGCAGCUGCUGAAGGACGGAUAUCAUCUGGAUGAGAUCCCUGAUGAUGAGGAUCUGGACCUGAUUCCCCCGAAAGCCCUGAGCUCGUCCGUCUGCUGCUGCUCUGAUGCUGUCUCCUGCUGUCUGCAGUGAGGACUGGACCACAAACUGGACAGCGGCUGAUGAUUUCAAAACUCUCAGAAAAGGAAGUGAAAGUGAAAGUGGGAUCUGAAACACGCAGAAUACCCAUAAUGCUCCAGUUCUCAGCAUUUGGGGAAGUGAAGCAUUACUGAAAUUGAGAAACCUGACACUACUUUACAUACGUGUGUGUGUGUGUGUGUGUGUGUGUGUGUGUCACUCCACUAUGGAAGUUCAAGACUCUUUCAAAAAGUGUUUAUUAAUUUUUUUUAACUAUAUUUUCUCUCUGUAUGCUUUUGGAUGCACUAAAGCUUUACGAGAUCCCUCUGAUCUUCUGUUUCUCUCCACGUUUUGUUACUGAGAUGAAGUGUUGAUGUUACUUUAGUCAAUAUAUGACGUGUUAUUCUGUAUUUAAAAUUGCAUAAUCAAGAAUAUUUUUAUCCACCCUUAAAUAAGCAUUUGCUUGAGUCUUAUAAAUAUGUCGCUGGUGUUUGUGGUUAAAGUGUGUGUGAGAUUGAGAUUUAAUUAGGCGUCCUUAACACUAUGCAACUUAACACUUUAUUUCUUCACUUUGUAGACACAAGGAAUCAGUUACUGAUUUUAUAAUGCGAUAACUUUAUUGCCUCUUAUUUUGUUGCAAAGAAAUAUAUUAUUUGUAUUCAACAAUGUUUUGUGACAGUAAACGAAACAGUUAAACUUUC